AUGAGUCAAGGUGGCCGUACGCAGGUCGAUGUACCUGAACAACCUAUAACGUCUGAAGGCGUUACUGAUGUUAACACAUUUUUAGAUGCAGAGUCUGCCAUUUCAAAACAGUUCAUUGUUGACAUGUAUGUGAAGCUUGAAAAUACACGCCUUGAUUUCUUCAGAAACAACCAAGCAACAAUCCGUGCAGAAUUGUAUCAAGGCAUCAUAGAUUGCUUCGAUGGUGGGGAGAAAAGUGCUUCAAACAUAGGCCACAGAGUUAUCUUGCCGCCUUCAUUCCUUGGCGGGCCUCGUGAUAUGAAGCGUCGUUAUCUGAAUGCUCUUGCCCUUGUGCAGAGAUAUGGGAAACCUGACCUAUUCAUCACAAUGACAUGCAAUCCUAAUUGGCCUGAAAUUAAAAAACACCUUGCACCAGGUGAAGAAGCACAACAUCGCCCUGAUAUAGUAGCCCGAGUUUUCCACGCAAAACUUAUAGCCUUUAAAAAACUGCUCAUGGAAGACCAUGUGUUGGAUCCUGAUGAAUUUGACAAAUUUGUUAGUGCUGAAAUUCCUGACAAAAGUAACCCACAUUUGCGGAAAGUCGUUUUGAAGCACAUGAUGCAUGGCCCAUGCGGUGAUGCUAAUCCUGAAUGUCCUUGUAUGAAACACAAGGGAAGAGUUGGGACUUGCAAGUAUGGGUAUCCAAAAGCAUUUACAAAUGAAACAACAAGCCAUGAAAAUGAUUUCCCGCUCUACAGAAGAAGAGAUGAUGGUGAAACUCCUCUUAUUCGCAAGUUUGCUAUGGAUAACAGAUGGGUUAUUCCAUAUAACUCUUAUCUUUCAGCGCUGUUUGAUUGCCACUUGAAUGUUGAGGUCUGUUCAACCAUCCAAGCAGUCAAAUACAUGUACAAAUAUGUAUACAAGGGCCAUGAUAAGAUUUCAUAUGCUGUAUCGAAAGAAGGUGAGCAGAAACCAGUAGAUGAAAUACAGCAAUUCCAAACUGGCCGGUGGGUGUCGCCGUGCGAAGCUGCUUGGCGGCUGUUUUCAUUUGACCUGUUUGAAAUGCAGCCUCCCGUCCUUGCUCUUCAGGUUCAUUUGCCUAAUGGACAGACAAUCCAAUUCAAGCCUAAUGAACCGCUUGCUGGAAUUGUAGCCAACGAUUCCAGAUCACGGACUUCCCUCACCGAGUUCUUUAAAAUGAAUGCAAUUCAUAAUGGUGCACCGCAAUACCUAUACUCUGAAUUUUCAGAACACUAUGUAUGGACUGCAUCUGCAAAAGCGUGGACAAAAAGGGUUCAAAAAAAAAUUGUUGUUGGUCGAUUAGCAUUUGUUGUUCCUGCUGAAGGCGAACGCUAUUUCCUGCGGUUGCUCCUGACCCAUGUCCGAGGGCCAAAAUCAUUUGAAGACCUCCGCACUGUGCGUGGCCAUUUGUGUGCUACUUUCCAAGAAGCAGCAUUAGAACUAGGGUUGCUCGAAGAAGAUGGUUCUGUUAUCAAGUGUAUGGAAGAAGCUGCUGGAAUUGAAAUGCCAGGUGCAUUACGUCGACUGUUCACUACAAUCUUGAUUUUUUGCAAACCGAGUAAUCCUUUGGCCCUUUGGCAUCAGUUCUACCGCCACCUGUCUGAAGAUUUCUCUCAAAAAUAUCCAUGCCAAGAACACAAAGUCGCACAAUUAACAAUAAAGGCAACUGAGCAGCUCCUAGAAGAGAUGGGCAAAUCUUUGCAAGAAUACAAUCUUGAUGGUUUAAAGGAACCUGAAUCUGAUGAGAUCAGAAGGACUCAAGAUAUAGUUGAUGCGCUUGAUGCACCAAUACCAACUGAAUAUAAAGAAGCCCGCAAGAAUUUGAAUUCUAAACAACAAGAAGCAUUUGAUUGUAUCAUGGAUCGUAUUAAUACAAACAAGCCAGGUGUUUUUUUUGUGGAUGGUCCUGGGGGUACUGGGAAGACAUAUCUGUACCAGGCAUUGUAUGCGGAAGUGAGAUUGCUGGGGAAAAUUGCAUUGCCAACAGCAACAUCAGGCAUUGCAGCAUCAAAUAUAGCAACUGGUCGCACUGCACAUUCCCGCUUUAAGAUCCCUUUGGACCAUACUGUUUCAAAGGCUUGUAACGUUUCUAAGCAAAGUGCCCUUGCAGCGCUUUUAAGAGAAGCAAGCCUUAUUAUUUGGGAUGAAUCUUCAAUGGCACGAAAAGAAAACAUUGAAUCACUUGAUCUAUUACUAAGAGACUUGUGUGAUCCUAAUACCCCUUUUGGAGGUAAAGUCGUUGUUUUUGGCGGUGACUUUCGACAAGUAUUACCAGUUGUCCCGCAUAAAACUCAGAAUGAAGCUGUGGAGGCUAGCCUUGUGUCUUCUGCCUUGUGGCCUAACUUCAUACGGUUUAGCCUAACUGAUAACAUGCGCGCUAAAGAAGAUCCAAACUUCGCUGCUUUCUUGCUAGCCCUGGGCAAUGGGGCUUUACAAUCUACUGAAAUUGCAGGAGUUGAGCUUCCAACACAAAUAUAUGUGCCCUUUGAUGAAGAAGCUGAUUGUUUGGGUAGGCUUGUAAAUAUUGUUUUCCCUGAGAUUGGUUCUGGCCCUUUCAGCAGCCAAAUCUUCACAGGUCGUGCAAUACUAACCCCAAUGAAUGAAGAUGUUGAUGCUAUAAACAUGAACCUCAUUGGGAAGUUUCCCGGGGAGCCUAUUGUCUACAAGAGUUUUGACAUGAUCCUUGAUGAUAGCUGUAAUAUGUAUCCAUCUGAAUUCCUAAAUACUCUUAGUCCAGCUGGUAUGAGUCCUCAUGAACUUAUUUUGAAGGAAAACUGUCCAGUCAUCCUUUUGCGAAACCUUGCUCCUGCAUCUGGAUUAUGCAACGGAACCCGCCUCAUUUGUAAGCGAUUCUUCCCAAACAUCAUUGAAUGUGUGAUUAUAACCGGCCACCACAAAGGAGAAGUUGUUUUUUUACCCCGCAUUAAUCUCCGACCAUCUGCCUCAAAUAACUACCCUUUCCAAUUUCAAAGAAAGCAAUUCCCAAUUAAACUCAGCUUUGCAAUGACUAUUAAUAAGUCACAAGGGCAAACACUUGACCGCGUUGGUUUGUAUCUGCACCGUCCUUGCUUCUCACAUGGACAACUAUAUGUUGGUUUAUCACGUGCACGCCAAUCAAAAAAUGUUAGAGUCCUGUCCAAACCAUCAGUGCAUGAAACUGCCACCUCUGUUAACAAUGUUGUUUCUUUUGCGGGGAACACAAUGCGCGGUGCACUCUUUGAAAAUCAAAUUGAUGAAUUUGAAAAUGUUUUCAAGAAUGAGCAUGAGUAUGAAAUUGCAAAUGCUCCUCUAAAGCCAGUAGUAGGGCGUUAUGCAACUAGACCUGAUGAUUGCCAGAUGAGCUUUGGUGGGCAAACAUCAAUCCAGCCAGUGGAUCCUACAGCUGAGAUAGUACCACCUGCCUACAUUCCAAUUGAUGCUAUCCCACACACCAAUGACCAAGACGACCAUGUAUUGGGGAUUGUUCUGUUUGUUGAAGAUACACGUACAAUAACAACCACCUAUGGAGUGCAGCACCAAGUUCGUGAAAUUGUCGUAACAGACCAUAGCUCAGAGCAACCUUUAACCAUUUCAGCUUGGGACGAUCUAACAGGCCAUGAAUGUGAACUACUCAAAUCUUGGGCUGGGCCAUCACUCAUCGUCGGCUUCACAUCUUUAAAGCCAUCCAAUCACAAAGGUCAUAACACUGUACAAGUUGCCUUUGCAAAGAUGCAAGACCACCUAACAUAA